CUUACAUCAGUUGCAGACGACAAACGUCGACAGAAUAUCACAAAAUGGCCUGAUAAGAUUGUCCAAUUUUAUAGUAUUUUAGUGUUUUAUACAAUAUUUUUUGUAUUAGAAGACUGAUUCCCGGUUGCAUGAGGGCAGCUGCGGAGCUGCGUACGCUGCUCCACAAUAGGUAAACGUCGGGUUGCCAUGUCUCGAGCUCCGAACAACAACCUGGCCACUUACAAAUUGGUAGUGGUGGGGGACGGCGGUGUGGGGAAGAGUGCCAUCACUAUCCAAUUCUUCCAGAAGCUGUUUGUCACAGAUUACGAUCCGACUAUAGAAGACAGCUACAUCCAGCACAUAGAAGUGGAUGGUGUUAUGUGCAUUUUAGAUGUGCUGGACACAGCAGGACAGGAGGAGUUCAGUGCCAUGAGAGAACAGUACAUGCGGAAGGGUGAUGGGUUCAUGCUGGUCUACUCGGUCACAGACGAGCAGAGUUACGAGAACAUCGUCAACUUCCACACUCAGAUCCUUCGAGUCAAAGACAGAGACACUUAUCCCAUGCUGCUGGUGGCCAACAAGGUAGAUCUGGUUCACUUGCGCAAAGUGUCGGAGGAGCUGGGACGAGAGCUGGCGCACAGACUGGGGCUGGAAUCCUACAUAGAGACCAGCGCCAAGGACCCCCCUCUCAAUGUUGAUGCUGCCUUCCAAGAAAUAGUAAGAAUAAUUCGAAACCAGCCACCAGUAGAAGCAGAAAAAAGUCGGCAACGUCGUCGCUCAAAAAAAUGUAUUCUGCUGUAGAAACGUGCAACUCGGCAAACGCCUCUUCUACUGCCAACCAUUCCUGGUAUACAACAGUCAACUUCAUUUGUAUAUGAUACAUUCUGCAUCAUUCACAGUUCAGGACUCGCAAUGCUCCCACUCACGUGUGAGACGUGUGGAGUUUCUGGUCAAUUUUAAGGUUAUUGUGAACCUUCAGCUAAUUACUAAAUACUUUUUGUUUCUGAAGGUUAGGAGGCUAGAAAUUCUGAGGAUUACUUUUGCAUUCCUUACGUAUUGUCCCACUACUACGAUAAACUGGGGAAUAAAGAAUGGGAAAGGCAAACAUAAUGAAGAAACUUUCUGGUUCUGUAAUUAUCAUUAAGGGAAGUUGGGGAUUUUUCUUAAGCUAAUUUAUUGGUCUUUUGGUUUACCACUUAAAUCUUUGGAGGUUAACAUGUUAGACACCUAUCACAAACUUUAAACAAUUCUUAUAUCAUAUAUUAAUCACUUUCUUGUUCCCACUGUAGAUCAGAGUCAUAUAUUUGUGGCUUGUCGGUCCACAUUAUGGAUCAACG